AUCUCACUCAGAGAUCGGGAACAUUAGCUCCGUGGUUCCAUUUGUUCGAAACGGCGGCUCACGAAUCAUUCAUUCUCAGCCAGUCGAAUCUCAGAGGAAGCAUUCACCUUGCCGGCACCGUCUCAAUUGUAGCUCUGCCGCUUGGAGUAGCGUCCUAGAACAGUGGUCCCGCAGACAGCAAGAUAAUUUUCUCGAAGGAAUCUCCAGAGAUUGAUUUUUCCUCGAGAUGGUCGACCUGGUCUUGGACCGGGAUAUCCGAAUCUGGGUUUUCUUGCCCAUUGUUCUGCUCACUUUCCUCCUCGGAGUCGUGAAACAUUACGUGUCGAUACUUAUCACAACAACGCGAAAGCCGGAGUUGCAGCAAGUUUAUGACAGUCAAGCUCUCAUAAGAGUCCGAUACCUGAGAGAGAAUGGAAAAUUUCUGCCCCUGAAAAGUUUCCUCAUGAGGAAGCAUUACUUCAACGAUGAGGACUCCGGAUGGUUGAAAACACAGAACCGACCGGCGCCAGCGAGUAACCCUAUGCAAGAUCCGGGCAUGAUGACUGAGAUGCUGAAGGGAAAUCUUAUCAACGUCAUUCCUAUGAUCGUUAUCGGAGGCUGGAUCAACUGGACGUUUUCGGGUUUCCUCACAACCAAGGUUCCGUUUCCCUUGACUCUGCGAUUCAAGCCAAUGCUCCAACGGGGCAUCGAGCUCGUCUCAUUGGAUGCAUCCUGGGUAUCUUCAGCGUCAUGGUAUUUCCUGAACCUUUUCGGUUUGAGGAGCAUAUACGCUCUGGUCCUGGGAGAAGAUAAUGCGGCCGACAGCACCGAUGCAAUGCAGGAACAAAUGACAGGGGCAGCUAUGAAAAUCACCGAUCCGAAGGCUGCUUUCAAGGCUGAGUGGGAAGCGCUCGAAGUCGUUGAACACAAAUGGAUGCUGGCGAACGUCGAAGAGGAUCUCUGUUCGAAACCGCUCUUCUAAGUCACUGUCCGCGGCUUACCUCUCUAUUUAUUCUGUGGACCCCCUGGAUGGAUUUCAAUGUUUCAGAGAACGAAUUCCUAUAGAUCGAUAUUGCGUAUUCCUGUUCCCCAUGAGGAGACGGUCUGCUGCUCACCGAUGAUGGACUCAAUCAUAUUGAUUGAAGAAACAAGCAGCGAUGGUGGAGAAACGAGGUUAUGGCGUUAAUUAUUUUCAAAACAGAAAUGAAACACCUGGAGGGCGGAGAAUCCGUAGAAGCGAUCUCCGAAAGUCUAUGCUGGUGGCCUGAUCGAAGACAACAAGUUAAUAAAG